AUGGGGCGGCCGGACAGUGAGGAGGAGGCAGCGGAAGACGCGGGGCACACGUAUGUGAAUGGGUACCUUCCGGUGCUGGGGCACACGGCGAACGGAGAGGUGAGCGCGGAGCCUCCGAAUGGGCAAAGAGCCAUCUGCCUGGCCUUGAAAGAGGGCCCGCUCAGCAGCCCUUCGGAAGCCCUGGGCGGGCCGCAGUCUUCCCUGGCCGCGGAGGAGGACACCCAGGCCCGGCUGCUCCCCGCGGCCGAUGGCGUGGGGACCCCGGGAGUGGAGGGCAUCCCCGCGCCUCGGAUUGCGCUCUCCCCGCGGCGCUUUGUGGUGCUCCUGAUCUUCAGCCUGUACUCGCUGGUGAACGCCUUUCAGUGGAUCCAGUACAGCAUCAUCUCCAAUGUCUUUGAGGGGUUUUACGGCGUGUCGUCGCUGCACAUCGACUGGCUGUCCAUGGUUUACAUGCUGGCCUACGUGCCCCUCAUCUUCCCGGCCACCUGGCUGCUGGACACCAAAGGCCUGCGGCUCACGGUGCUUCUGGGCUCUGGCCUCAACUGCCUGGGCGCCUGGGUCAAGUGCGGGAGCGUGCAGCCCCAUCUCUUCUGGGUUACCAUGCUGGGCCAGUGCCUGUGCUCCGUGGCCCAGGUGUUUAUCCUGGGCUUGCCUUCCAGCAUCGCCUCCGUGUGGUUUGGGCCCAAGGAGGUGUCCACAGCUUGUGCCACCGCUGUAUUGGGCAAUCAGCUUGGAACUGCAGUUGGCUUUUUACUACCACCAGUCUUAGUGCCCAACACACAGAAUAACACAAGUCUCCUGGCUUGCAAUAUCAGCACCAUGUUUUACGGCACAUCAGGUGUCUCUACGCUUUUAUUCAUUUUAACAAUAAUUGCAUUCAAGGAAAAACCUCCGUAUCCACCAAGUCAGGCUCAAGCAGUUCUCCAGGACAAUCUUCCUGAAAAGUAUUCCUAUAAGAAAUCAAUAAGGAAUCUGUUUAAAAAUAUGCCUUUUGUCCUUCUGCUGAUCAGUUAUGGUAUCAUGACUGGAGCAUUCUAUUCCGUUUCAACACUAUUAAAUCAAAUGAUACUGACAUAUUAUAAGGGAGAAGAGGUGAAUGCUGGAAGGAUUGGGCUGACACUUGUAGUAGCUGGAAUGCUGGGCUCUAUUCUUUGUGGUUUAUGGCUAGAUUAUACCAAAACAUACAAACAGACUACUUUGAUAGUUUACAUUUUGUCUUUUGUCGGAAUGGUCAUAUUUACUUCUACUCUGGACCUUGGAUACCUCUCUAUUGUGUUUAUUACUGCAGGAGUGCUUGGUUUCUUCAUGACUGGUUACCUUCCCUUGGGUUUUGAAUUUGCUGUUGAAAUUACUUACCCUGAAUCUGAAGGUACUUCAUCUGGUCUUCUUAAUGCUGCUGCACAGAUAUUUGGGAUUCUGUUUACAUUGGCUCAAGGGAAACUCACAUCAAAAUAUAAACCUUUGGCAGGGAACAUUUUCCUCUGUGUUUGGAUGCUUGUGGGCAUCAUUUUAACAGCAUUAAUCAAGUCAGAUCUGAGAAGACACAAUAUAAACAUAGGAAUUACAAAUGAUAUUAAAGCUGUGCCUGUUGACAGCCCCACAGAUCAAGAACCAGAAACUGUUAUAUUGCCCAAGCAGUCAGAAUUGGCAAUUUGA